GCGCGGUCGGGGCCGCCGGGCUCUCCCCUCCAACUCCUCCUCCUCGUCCUCCUCCCCCUCCCGCGCCGGCCGCCCGGUGCCGGCGGAGGCGGGCGGAGCGGAGCGGCGGGGCGGGCCGGGCCCGUUCGCAUCCCCAUCCCCGCCCGCCGCGGGAGCGCGGAGCCGCCGGGCUGGGCAGCGCUCCCGGGAGCCACCGGAGCCGCCGGGCUGGGCAGCGCUCCCGGGCACCGCCGGGCUGUGCAGGGUUCCCGGGAACCACCGGAGCCGCCGGGCUGUGCAGGGUUCCCGGGAACCACCGGAGCCGCCGGGCUGGGCAGGGUUCCCGGGCACCGCCGGAGCCCCGCAGCCGCCGCCGCCGGAGCGCCCCGCCGGUCCCGCCGAUGGCUCCGCGCUGCCGCCGCCAAGGAGGGAGGUGCUGAGCAGGUGCCCUGAAGCUCUGGGCUGGAAUGGUGCCGGCAGUGCCGGAGCCCCUCGCUGUGCCCCUCGCCGUGCCGAUGUGACCGAGCGCCGCGUGGCACCCGUGGCACCGAGCCUGGCACAGACACAGCAGCUGGUGACCCCCCCGUGUCCCUGCCACCCCAAGAUGAGCGAUGGCAUGUGGAUCUCGCUCAGCCCCGCCGAGUUUGCCCAGCUCCAGCAGUACACGGACUACUCCACCAAGAAGCUCAAGGAUGUCCUGGAGGAGUUCAACGGGGAUGGUGUCCUCUCGAGGUACAACCCCGAACAGCCCAUUGACUAUGAGGGCUUCUGCCUCUUCAUGAAGACCUACCUGGAGGCCGACGUGCCCGAGGAGCUCUGCCAGCACCUCUUCACUUCCUUCAAGCGUAAGAUUUGCCAGGCCUCCCCCGAGAGCCAGCAGCAGAGCCCGGGUGUGUCACAGCACAGCCCCCUCGGGAUCAAUGGGAAAACCCUUCGAAGCGCUCUGGGGCGGCACACUCCUGAGCCCAAGGGCUGCCACAGCAAUGCAGCUGAGCCCCAGCCAGCGUCCCUCACCCUGGCAUCGAUCCCCAAUGCCUCCCCCAGCUGGUCCAGGUCAUCCUCCCAGAAAUCCACCACUGGCACUGCUUCUGCUCACAACUCCUCGGGCUCUUCCAAGAUCUCCUCGAUGUCCCCGCUCAGCCCUCAGUCGCCAGGCACGAGGAGCACGGAGAAGAGGUUGCCCUUCAGCCUGCGGAAAGGGCCCAGCUCCCUGAAAGCCACCCCACCCCCUCCUCCCACCCCCGUGGCCCAGGUGGUCCACCUGAAGGACAUUGUGUGCUACCUGUCCCUGCUGGAGAGAGGACGGGCAGAGGACAAGCUGGAGUUUAUGUUUCGCCUCUACGACACGGAUGGAAAUGGCCUUCUGGACAGCUCGGAGCUGGACCGGAUCAUCAACCAGAUGGUGCACGUGGCUGAGUACCUGGAGUGGGACUCCACUGAGCUGAAGCCCAUCCUGAGGGCCAUGAUGGAGGAGAUCGACUACAACCACGACGGGACGGUGACGCUGGAGGAGUGGAUCCGGGGGGGCAUGACCACCAUCCCCCUGCUGGUGCUGCUGGGGAUGGAGACGAAUGUGAAGGAUGAUGGGCAGCAUGCCUGGAGGCUGAAGCACUUCAAGAAGCCUGCCUACUGCAACUUCUGCCGCACCAUGCUGCUGGGGGUCCGCAAGCAGGGCCUCUGCUGCUCCUUCUGCAAGUACACGGUCCAUGAGAGGUGUGUGUCCAAAGACAUUGCUUCCUGCAUCAGCACCUACGUUAAAUCCAAGAGGAACACAAGUGUGAUGCAGCACACCUGGAUUGAGGGCAAUUCGCCUGCCAAGUGUGACAGAUGUCACAAGAGCAUCAAGUGCUACCAGGGCAUCACUGGCCUGCACUGUGUCUGGUGCCAAAUCACGCUCCACAACAAGUGUGCCUCCCAUGUGAAGCCAGAGUGUGAUGGGGGCCCACUGCGGGACCACAUCUUGCUCCCAUCCCACAUCUGCCCGGUCGUCCUGGACAGGCAGUCCCACUGCCGGCGGUCGGAGAGCGACUCCCCUGCCAGCACCAGCCCCGAGGACAGCCAGGGCUUCAAGUUCAACUCCACCACCGUGGAUGGGCAGGGGCUGCAGAUCAGCCCUCAGCCCGGAACACACCCGCUCCUCGUGUUUGUGAACCCCAAGAGUGGAGGAAGGCAAGGGGAGAGGGUCCUGCGGAAGUUUCACUACCUGCUCAACCCACGCCAGGUGUACAACCUGGACCGCGGCGGGCCCACGCCAGGGCUGAACUUCUUCCGGGACACUCCAGAUUUCCGUGUGCUGGCCUGUGGAGGGGACGGCACGGUGGGUUGGAUCCUGGACUGCAUAGAUAAGGCAAACCUGGUGAAGCACCCACCGGUGGCCGUCCUGCCCCUGGGAACAGGCAACGACCUCGCGCGGUGCCUGCGCUGGGGAGGAGGCUAUGAAGGAGGCAACCUGAUGAAGGUCCUGAAGGACAUUGAGCACAGCACAGAGGUGAUGCUGGACCGCUGGCACAUAGACAUCAUCCCCACGGACAGGGAGGCCAACGGAGACCCCAUCCCCUCCACCAUCAUCAACAACUACUUCUCCAUUGGGGUGGAUGCCUCCAUCGCCCACCGCUUUCACAUCAUGCGAGAAAAGCACCCUGAGAAAUUCAACAGCAGGAUGAAGAACAAGCUGUGGUACUUCGAGUUUGGGACAUCAGAGACCUUUGCAGCCACCUGCAAGAAGCUCCAUGACUAUGUUGAGGUUGAGUGCGACGGGACCCUACUGGACCUGAGCAACACCUCCCUGGAGGGCAUCGCCGUGCUCAACAUCCCCAGCAUGUACGGGGGCUCCAACCUGUGGGGGGAGACCAAGAGGCAGCGCGGGUACAGCCGGCUGGGCAAGAAGGCGCCAGAGAAGCCGCCUGGCACUGUGGUCACCGACGCCAAGGAGCUGAAAUUCUGUGUGCAGGACCUCAGUGACCAUCUCCUGGAGGUGGUGGGGCUGGAAGGCGCCAUGGAAAUGGGGCAGAUCUACACUGGGCUGAAGAGUGCAGGGAAGAGACUGGCCCAGUGCUCCUCUGUCAUCAUCAGGACAUCCAAGCUGCUGCCCAUGCAGGUGGAUGGGGAGCCCUGGAUGCAGCCGUCCUGCACUGUCAAAAUUACACAUAAAAGCCAGGUGCCCAUGCUGCUGGGGCCCCCCCAGAAGAGCAGCUUCUUUUUCCUGAAGAGGAGAAACCGAACUCGGGAUUAAAGCACCAUCCAAGGAUCCACAGCCUGCAGGCACUCAGCAUCCCAGCCUGAUGCAGGGGUCCCCAAAUCCCCAUCCUGCAGUGGGGACAGAAACUCCCCCUCCAAGACCAGUGGGGAUUAUUUAUCCUGGGAAGGCCUUGUAGGCUCCUUCCUGAUCACCAGAAGCCUCCUCUCAGGCUGGGAUGGAAGAAGGGGAGAAGGCAGGCUGGCAUGCAGCGAGCACAUUUGCUGGAGCAGCACUAGGACUGGGAUUUUUUUUCCCCCCUUUAUUUAAAUACCCUCCAGCCAAGCUGCCAGUGAAUGUGCUUCUGAGGCAGCACUAAGCUCCACUAUUUAUUUAUCAUCAUCCUGAAGACUACUUGAUGUCUCACUGCACUGGCUUUCUGUCCCCAGUCCUUGCAAUGGGAGGAAUUAUUUAUUUCCUUAGCCUGGAGAAGCCAUCUCGGCCACUCACCUCUGUGCUGUGAGGUUUAAGAGCGAUGCAAAGAGCCAUUGCUGCCAGCCCAGUGAGCCACGAGGCGUGGGGCAAGCUGGGGACAGACAGUGCACAGGGACAAGCAUGGGGUGCAUGGGAGGAGACUGUGUUUUUACAGGGAAAUGGCAAAAAAAGGGAUUUGGGGGGAGCAGCCCCAGCUCUGGGCUUUGUGUUCAUAUUUAUGUAUUUAUUUAGCAAACUUUGGACAAAAAAGGGACUCUGGGGGUCACUUUUUUAGGAGCCCAGAUUGGACACAGGCACCACCUCCCUUCUCUGCUGGCUGUCCUCCUUGGCACCUCCUUCCUCUGGACAUGGACUUUUCUUCUCUCCUAAAGCCUGCCAGCCUGCAGUGGGGGCUGGAGACCCUGGGGACAGACAUCCAGAAGCUCUUCUCACGUGAAAGUGUCCCCAGCACCUUGUACACAUCUCCCCACGUGCUCUGCCAGGCCGGUGCUCUCCCUGUGUGACAGAUGCUGCCUCUGAUGCCCUGGGCUGCAGGGAAGGGGGCAGUGACUGCACCUCGGUUUCUGUAUGGCCAGGUCUCCCCACAGCCCUCUCCAAACCCAGGGAGCCUCACAGGGGCUGCUGCCUGCUUGACUGGGAUGCACAGGCAGCUUUUGGUGGCAUCACCCAUGGAUGGACAGACUGGGGGAUGCAGCUUCUCUCCAGGAUGCACAGGGACCAGAAAACAGACGAAGGCAUGGAGUUUGUGGUGGUCUGAAUGUACUCCCAGGAGCCAGGCUUUGGCAAGGCUGGCCCAUGGAAGGGCUGCUGGGUGCUUCUGCAGUCACCCCGUGCCUCCAGCAGUGCCUGCAUGCAGGGUACAACCACAUCCUGAAUCAGCUGCUCCCAGGCAGCUCCCUGGGGGCUGGUGGAGGCUCCUGUGCUGCUGGGGGCCAGCUGGGAGUGGUGUGUGUGUGCCCGUGGAUGUCACCGCAGGCAGGAAAACUGCUUGUCCCCACCAUGUCCUUGCCACAGGGCUGGGACAAGGCACCCUGUCCUCCCCAAUUUCCCAGUGCCCACUCAGUCCCUCCUGGUGCUGCAGGUCCCCAUUCAAUAGCAUUCCCCUGGCAGAGGGUGCUGCCGUCAGUGUUUCAGUGAACACUGAGCUGGAAGGGAACAAUUCAUGACCUGUGGACACAGGCACGUGUCACCUGCAAAAAUCCACACCCCCUCCUCCUCCUCUUCCCCCUCCUCCUCCUUGUCCCCCAAGGCAGCUGUUUAUGAGUAGCCAGGUGAAAGCAGGUGGAGCAAGGCCAAACAAACCCCAGUUCCCUGGAAACAGCUGCCUCCAUUUCCCCAGUCCAUUGCCAAGGGCAGCAGUGCCUCCCAGCCCCACACUCAGGGAGGGUGAAAAAAACACCUUCAGCAUCUCCAGAGCUUUGCCAGCAUGAGGGUGACAGGUUUGUUGUGUGGGGUGGCAGCACACAAGGUCAGCAGGUUUGGUUCCCUUUCCCUGCCCACUCAGCCUCAGCCCAGGGCUGUACCCCAGAGCCUGCAUGGAACCAGCAGUGGUUUUCCUGCUCCUUGCCCCUGUCACAGUUUGCUGGGCUCUGGGCAAAGAGCAGCGCUGGGGCCUCUGCUGUGGUUUGCUGUUGGUGGUGGCAGGGCCAGGGGAGCAGGAGGGCAUCGUGCCUGUGCCUGCACCCUUGGGCGUGCCAGGGGUGAGCAGCUGAAGCCCAGGGGUGAACACUCAGCCUCGUCCUGCAGGGACAGGGAGCCCAGGGCCACCACUCUGGGCCAGUGGGACGAUGACACACCAGCACCGCUCUGCCAGGCUCCAGCCCAGAUGUCCUCUCUGAUCCCUGCCACCUGCGCCAGGGCACCCAGCUCCAGUCUGCUGCCACACUGCCAAAGGCACGGUUCAAUGGGCCUGCCAGCUCCCACCCUCCUUAGUCUGAUGGUGCAAAGGUCCCGAGCCCAGGAGGGACCACAGAGCCUGGGACUUCGGCCCAGCUGUCCCAGCUCCAGGGAGGAAUAAGCCAUGCAGCUGAGGAGCACUCGAGGCCUUGAUCCCCCCCGUUCCCCAGUGUCUCCCAGUUCAGCCCAGUUCCCAAGUGCGUGGGAUGGAACCAAACCCCCAAACAAGCCCUUAGGUCCUGGUGCCAGUGCUGCACUGGGGGGGCCCUGAGGGCAGGGCAGCCCCUUUGCCACAGGAGCCUCAGCCCACUCCUCCCUCUGUGUGUGUAGCCGUGGUUGCCUGCAUGGAAUGGUGUCCGUAGCGUAGCGCGUGUUGCCGUGUACACCUGGGCUGCUGUGGGCUUGCCUCCAAUAAAGAUGGGAAUGAA